AUGGCUGCUCAAUCUUCCACUGUAUUCCAUUAUCUCGAUAUCGGCCGAAUGGGUCGCGGCGAAGUCGUGAACCUCUUCCUCAAGGAUGCAGGAAUCGAGUAUCAGGACAUUCGGUACUCAUACCCCGGUGAAACAUGGCAAAACACUAGUGAUGAGUUGAAGCGCCGGGGCCUUACAAGGACCGGAAAAUUGCCAGCGGUGGAAUACAACGGCCACGUUUUGAACCAACAUAUCCCGACGUUGCGCUACCUCGCUCGUGACCUUGGUCGCUACGAUGGAGAAACAAGCUGGGAGAAAUACGUUGUAGAUGCGGUGUCAGAUAUAUACAUUGACUGGAGAUUCAAAUGGGUGGCAAACCUAGGGAACUCGACAGACGAGUAUAAGAAUGACACUGCGCCACAGUAUUACGAUGUAUUAGCCCAGUAUUACGCUGAGUCCGGAGGUCCAUACCUGUUGGGCGACAAAAUCACAUAUGCUGAUUUUGCUGUUUAUCAAUCCAUCGACAACGACCAGAGGACGGGAACACUACCGACAAAGCUUCCGGAUACAAUCUUGAAGUUCAGGGAGACAUUCGAGCAACGUCCCAACAUUGCGGAGUAUAUCAAGAAUAAUUUCCCAAAAGCUUAG